AUUCGACCGAUUUGGUCUGAAAUUAUCUCGGAAGUCGCUCGUCGGGAGCAAACUUAUGCAACUAUGUCGUUUUGCUGCCUUUCUGGAGGUCCCAUGUCGCUGUAUAGUUGCAUCUGGAUAAAUGUCGGAGAGGUCGACGUUGCCGUGAGGAGUUAGAUUCGAUCGGAAUCUUGCAAUUCGAGUAGUUUUGUUUCUUUCGGAACCAGACCCAAUUGACGUUUCUGAAGCACUUGGUGAGAGUUCUCCUUAUAUUCUGAAGGAUCAAAACGUUGGGUUUCUUGAAGUAUUGGCAGUUUUGAUCCCAUAUGAGGUGACCGGAACCGGAUUUGCUUAAUGGCAGACUUACCGGGGUAUAUGCGUGCCUGCUUGCAUUCAGGGAAACUUGCUUUCUUGGCAAUUUUGGUCUCUGGUGGAAUUGUGUUGCAAAUUUUGGCAUGUGCUUUGUACGAUAACUGGUGGCCGAUGCUAAGCUUAAUCAUGUAUGUGCUCCUGCCUAUGCCACUGCUCUUCUUCGCUGGCUCUGAUAGCUCUGCUCUGUUUUCUGAAUCUGAUAGCGGAUGGGUGAACGCAACCAAGUUCCUGACUGGAGCUUCAGCAGUCGGAAGCAUUGCCAUACCUGCGAUCUUGAAGCACGCCGGCGUUAUCGGCUGGGGAGCUCUGGUUUUGGACCUGUCGUCAUUCUUCGUGAUUGUGCUAGCUAUCAUGUGCUACAUCCGGACAAGUGACAACGAGGAAUACAGGAUACUGUGAGAUACGACGCCACAGUAGCAGCUACAAAGAGAAACCCCCCUAGACCAUUUGCGUCUCGUAUGACGGCGCAUCUUGUUACAUCGGAGACUGUAUCCAUCUGUGUUGACAGAGAAUUCGUUAUUGUUUUUGAGCGAGUGAUUCUUUGGCUUUGUCUGGUGAGUGCUUUUGUUGCACGGUGACUUGUUAGCCUCUUGUUGUACAGACACUCAUGAUGUUAAUGAAUUUGGGAAGGAAAGCAGAAAUACUCCUGUUUCUCCA